CUUCUUUUUUUCUUUCUCUCCUUUCUUUAUAACAAAAUGUCAGACAAAGGAAAUGCUGUAAAUGACUUACAGGAUACAACAAGGAAAAUGCUUCCAAAGCAUUUUAAAUCUAUUUAUGAAGCCACGCGCAUAGCUUUAGAUUUGAAGACUAUUGAGACCAAGCUUAAUAACCUAAGUCAAAUAAGAGAACGCUUAUCAAGAGAAAGUAAAGCUCCUGAAUCACUUAAAUCAAUGGAUGAUGCUAUGAGAGAUAUAGAAAAUGAAAUAAAUUCCAAGAAAAAGGAAUUAACCGACUGCGAAGAGAUAGCAUCUAACCAGUUCCGAGACAUCAUUCAACAUAUUAGCAACUACACAGAUAAGAUAAAAUCAUCUGUGUCAGUGGCAUUGGCCGAAUUUAGCGAAAAACUACUUCAAGCGACCACUGACCAGCUCACGAAUUCAGCACAUUCUAUUGAAAAAUUGAACAAAGAAAAAAUGGACGUAGCUGAAGGACAAAAGAUAUAUGCGUCUUUGGAAGAGUUUAAAAAGCACGUCAAGGAAUCUCAUAACCAGCAUGUGAUGAGUAUUGGAGCCCAAAACGAAAAGACGUUUAGAGAUGUUGUCAAAAAAAUGGAGAAUAUGCUCAGUAACUUUGAACAGACAGAGGUGAUCAAUAAAGUAUCGAAACUCGUUAUAAAGCAGUUGGAAGCAAAGGUCUAUGAACGUGUGAAGCAAAUCAGUGAAGAAAACAAACGGAAUCAAACAAAAGAGAUCGUGGGAUCAGAACAAAUUACAGAAAUUGUCAAAAAUGAAGUCAACGCGCGAUUAGGACCUACCAACCUUAAAAAUAUCAUGGCUUCUUUGCCUGAGAUCCAGCUAAUGGUGGACUUUUGUAAAAAGGUUUCUCCUAAUAUUGGAGGUGUAGAUCAAGCUGAACUUGCUUCUGUCAAAGAGGCCGCGAUGCAACUGGGCAAGGAACAUGUUCAAAUCAAACAGAAGCUUGAAGAAACGCGUUCGAUUGUAGAUUCACUCAGAUCAAAAUCGUUGCCUGGACAACCAUCUAGUGACACAGAGGUUGCAUCCGCUGCACUAUUGGCCAACGUACAACAAAUGGAACAAAAUGUCGCGUUUAUGUAUAAUCAUAUCAAGAUGAUAGAUACUUCAUUUAAAGCACACAAAGAUUCCGCGGAUAGUACAAUUACUCUUCCAAGAAAGCGGGCGAGAACAGAAGACACCUCAGAAUUGGAUGUUCAUGCUAGAUUGGAAGAAAUAGAGAACAAGCAUCAAAAGCUUCUUGACUUUAUAUUGCAAUGCAAGGAUAAUGUCCUAGACGAAAUGUUCCCAAUUCGUCUUGAAGCUGCCAUGAAGAAGAUUGAACAGAUCUUAAUAAAUCAUGAAACGUUUAUAGCCUUCAUUAUUGACCCCUUUUCAACAAAGAAGAAAAUAGGAGAGCGAGCCAUUACAAAUCUUCCUGAAGACCAGUAUCUCAAUCCUGCCAUGAUUGACUGUAUUCAACAACUAGUUAAAAAGGCAACAGAGGAAGCAACAGCACCUUUACAUCAGCAAAUUAAAUCACUUGAAGAACAGUUGAGUAAGAAACAAUGAUAUUUGAAGAUUAUACAAGUAAACUAUUCAAAAACAACUUAAUUACAUCUACACUUAACAUAUUGCAUCAUUCUUCCCCUUCUUAUUUUCCUCUUCAUCGCUGAAUAUCUUGAAUAAAAAAG